AUGGACCUACCAGACGCUGCCACCAUCUGCUUGCAAAUCCAGGGCUUCAGAGGAGUCCAGCCAACUGACCCAUACAUCGAAGGCAUGAUAGUUGCUCUCGAACUGCAACUUCAAGAAUUGGAUAUGGACAACAACACUUCAUCCCAUCUCUCAACAUUCGACCCUGACUUCGAGAGUGAUCGCGAGAUUGUUCUUUCUCUGGCCAUUGAGGACGAAAUUGCUCUUGCUCUGGACAAACAACCUCUCUGGGUGGAGACUGAUUGUACGAUCUGCACGUCAAGAAUCAGCGGAUACCAAAUCUUCGAAGCUCCCUGCGCACACUCCUACUGUCAUGACUGUUUGAGAGACUUGUUCGAACUGACGAUUAGAGAUGAGUCACACUACCUACCCAGCUGCUGCCGCCUCGAGAUUGUCUUGGGCCCCACCGUGGUGCCCAUUCUCGGUGGCGACCUCACCGAUAAAUUCAAUGAGAAAAAGGUUGAGUACAAUACCGAGCAUGGAAAGAGAACCUACUGUUGCGGCUCCAAUUGCGGAGCAUUCGUUCCCGAGCCCGCCAUUCAGGAUGGAGUUGCGACAUGUCUUGAUUGUGGUAGAAGGACAUGCACGAUUUGCAAGGAAGCAGCACACCGUGGUGACUGCCCUAAAGACGAGGAUACGCAGAGUGUACUCGAGCUGGCUAGCAGGGAAGGCUGGCAGCGCUGCUAUAACGCCAAAUGCCGUCGAAUAGUGUCUCUUGCUGUCGGUUGUAAUCAUAUGACGUGA